GGACGGACGCGGGCGCUCGCCUUGUGCUCGGGGCCAGCUGCGGCGAGGCUCCGGGCUCCCAGCGCGCGGCUGCCCCGCCUGCUCGCGGCCACCCGGCUCCGGCGGCCUCGGCGCGCAAAGGGCUGGAGGCGCGGGAGCCGCUCUCCGCCGGCCGGUCCCCGCGCGGCUCAGCCCGGGCCGCCGCGCUGCGGCGCCCCCGAGCCCCCGCUCCCCGCCGGGCUGCUCCGAGCAACGGUGCUCCCGGGCUCCAAACUCGGGCUGCCGGGGCAAGUGUCUUCAUGAACCCAGAGGAUGUCCGGGAAGCACUACAAGGGUCCUGAAGUCAGUUGUUGCAUCAAAUAUUUCAUAUUUGGCUUCAAUGUCAUAUUUUGGUUUUUGGGAAUAGCAUUUCUUGGAAUUGGACUGUGGGCAUGGAAUGAAAAGGGCGUGCUGUCCAACAUCUCUUCCAUCACGGACCUCGGCGGCUUCGACCCCGUCUGGCUCUUCCUUGUGGUGGGAGGAGUCAUGUUCAUCCUGGGAUUCGCAGGCUGCAUCGGAGCUCUUCGGGAAAACACCUUCCUUCUCAAGUUCUUUUCUGUGUUCCUGGGAAUUAUUUUCUUCCUGGAGCUCACUGCCGGGGUUCUGGCAUUUGUUUUCAAAGACUGGAUCAAAGACCAGCUGUAUUUCUUUAUAAACAACAACAUCAGAGCCUACAGGGAUGACAUUGAUUUGCAAAACCUCAUAGACUUCACCCAGGAAUACUGGCAGUGCUGUGGGGCUUUUGGAGCUGAUGAUUGGAACCUAAAUAUUUACUUCAAUUGCACAGAUUCCAACGCAAGUCGAGAGCGGUGCGGCGUGCCCUUCUCCUGCUGCACUAAAGACCCCGCGGAAGAUGUCAUCAACACUCAGUGUGGCUAUGAUGCCAGGCAAAAACCAGAAGUUGAUCAGCAGAUUGUAAUCUACACGAAAGGCUGUGUGCCCCAGUUUGAGAAGUGGUUGCAGGACAAUUUAACCAUCGUGGCUGGUAUUUUCAUAGGCAUUGCAUUGCUACAGAUUUUCGGGAUAUGCCUGGCCCAGAACUUGGUUAGUGAUAUUGAAGCUGUCAGGGCUAGCUGGUAGGGCCCUGCAACAGCUUCCGCAAGACACUGGACAGAGCCAGCCCCACGCCCUCCAGCGUGCCCAGCUGACUCCGCGCCACACAGACCCUACUCGCAGAGGGAUCCUGCAGUCCCACCUGAUGGAGCUGCCAAGAACUUGUUUGAGGGGUCAGACUGGGAAAUGCUGCUCACUGACAGAAUAAAAAACAAAAACCAGUAUGAAAGUCAUUGCGCCAUGAAUCUCUGCUGUAGCCAUGAAUUUAUGGAUGGUUGGAUACUUACCAAAAAAGAGAAAAGGGAGGGAGGGGGCCCAGAUGUUCUUGAAUUUGUGGAAAACAGUCUUCUUCUCUACUUGGGUCAUCGGAGGGCUGGAGAGGCAGCUAUGCUCUCCAUCACACCUCGAAGGGACUGCCUUCUGCUCAUGGCUAAAGAAGUGCGGCUUCUCUAAAACCCAGCCCCUUCCCUGGGAGGCCGCGGGGUCUGGCAUCCCUUCACUGUACAUUUCAAGGACCUGUCACAGCUAUCAUCCCAAGAAGAAGACAGCUUGUCUUUGGGUUCAGAUCUUGUGAUGGCAUUCAGCAAGUAACUCGGGGGCACGUCUGGUCUCUCCUGGAGUGUCUCCUCAUAGGAACUUAACGCUUUCCGUGUGCACUGAGCAAGGGCGAUGGAACGCUUCAUGAUGCGGACUUUUAACAGGACAGAGCUUUUUCCUGAGUAGGCCUGAGCUUUAUCAAUGGAAUCCAAGAAGAUGAGGUUAAUGAAGGGCUGACAGUUGAAGACCCCCGCACCCCAGCCCACCAAACCAGUUGCUGCAUUCUCUGGAAACUGGAAUACUCUGGGGUUUGGUUUGGUUUCGUUUUGUUGUGGGUUUUUUUUUUUUUUUUUUUUAAAUCUCUCAAAAGUGAAAGCUAUGAUACAGGUUCUGUUAAAUUUUAGUGUUUUCUUACUCAGCUUGAACAUGAUUUUUUUUUGUAUAAUCUCCCUGCAUGACCUGUGACUCCGAAUCCGCCAGCUCCUGUUCCUGCCGUCUGUCCUACAAACACUUAUACAGCUCUCUGGUCGGUGUUCAUUUCAUAGGUCCACGGCCUCCACUGGGGUAGCGUGUCCUCCAGGUGGGAAGGGACCAGCUGUGCCAUCGCAAAUGCUUCCAUGGACUCAGCAGCCCCUUUACCGUAUCUAUCCUCGUGGCCUCUUCUGCAGCCUCCCCCUCUUUCUCUGAAUGGAAUUAAACCCAGUUCUGAAACAGUACUGACACAAUCAAAAAGCUUCUAAUUGUUGUUUCUCCUUUUUCUGGUUUUAGUUUGUUUUUAUUUUAAAAAAAGGAAAGAGUGCAUGGCCCGAGCUCCUUCUGGUCUCCUACUGCUGACUCACCAUCAGGAUGGUAGCAAAGCACAAAUACUCUGGAGGGGGGGUGCAUUGAUGGGCAAGUGUUCUGUGACACUAGGUGGGAAACCACUUCCAGGUGCUGCCACCCGCCCUGCCCCCACUCCAGGUGGGAGGGAGGAGUUUUGCCCCCAGAUUUUAAUCCAGUGGGUGUCUACUGGGAUGACUCUCCUGGGGAGGAGAUACUGGUCUGUGGAAUGCUGGGAAAACCACAGGCAUAUUUUACGGUGAUGACACAUUUGCCAACACAUAAUUGGGCAGCCAGCUAGCAUACUUUGUGGAAAUUUGGCAAGGUUUUCCAUUUCAGCCCCAUGUUGCAUUGCUGUGGCUGAUGAAUGUGUCAGUCUGCUCAGAGAAAGAACAAAAAUUCUUUGAAAAUCUCAUCUCCAGAGUUUGGGUGUGUGUAUGACUCUGCAUGUGUGUAUUUUUCUAUCUCUGUAGAGUUAGAGAUGAUCAUUCCAUAUUCCGGCUGUAAGAUUAUUUCAUGUCUGCCCCCUCCACAGUUGUCAUUCUGUCAGGUCAUUCCCACAUGGAGAAGGCUGGAGCUCUUCAAUUGGCACUCUUGUCUUUUUUGUUUAUUGCCUCAUUCUCCAGUGAACUCCAGCUGACCAGUUGAUUCAGCAUCAGGCCAGAUUCCCGCCCUUUGGCACAUCCCGUGAAAGGCCAAACAGCAAGUGCAAGUGAGUUCCGAAGUUCAGUCAAUCACCCUUUAUUUUUUACACUCAAGAGUGGUUGUGAUAAAGGCUGCCAUUAAUAAACUUGGUUCCACCUUA